AUGGCUACAGCUCUAUCUUAUGCAGAUCUUCGCAAACAUGCGAGACAACUGGAAAAUGAAAUCGACCUCAAACUGGUUGCGUUCAGCAAACUCGGUGCCGGCAUUAAAACUCCUGCCGGACAUGCCGACACUGUCCCGCUUUUAUCAGGAGAAGACACUUUUGAAGCUAUGGCAUCCGAAAUUGAAGAACUAUUAACUAAGUUGACUCAAGUUAAUGAAAGACUAUCUGAACAACCAGUUUCCGGAGCGGCUAUGCUACACACAAUCCAAAGACAUCGAGAAAUAUUAGCCGAUUUAUCACGCGAUUUCCGCAAGACCAAUUCGCAACACGAAAGCAGAAGAGAAAGAGAAGAUCUGCUCAAAGGCUCCAACGACAGUUCGUUCAGAACAGAUGGUGUUAAUAAUAGGCGCGAUAUGUAUCUGAAAGAGAAUCAACAUAUUCACAAUUCGGACCAUUUGAUAAACGAACAAAUAUCCAUAGCAGUUGAGACAAGAGAACAUCUUACAACGCAAAGACAUACACUAAAGAGACUCCAAACCCGAUUCAACGAUAUUUCCAAUAAAUAUCCGAUAAUUAACAGUUUGAUUAGUCGAAUCAAUAUCAGGAAAAGACGCGAUUCUAUUAUUGUAGGCUUGGUGGUAGCUUUGUGUACUCUUUUAAUGUUAGUCUAUGCAUUUCACUAG